CGUGACUCCGCUCCCUCUCUCCUACAUUAUAACAUGGCGAAACUCUUUGCCAUUAGACCACCACCGUCACUCUCACCUUUUUCCGCUCUAUCGCUGGCAUCACUACUAACGCCAUCAGCAUCUUCGCCACCAUCAACAUCACCGUUAUCUCCGGUAGCGUGAUGACCCGCGAGGAUGGAGAAGUUGUCGGCGAGCCUGUCGGAGAUCACUUGGAGCCCGUUGGCGCUGCCGCUGGACGCGGUGGUCAGCAAGUUCCGUCUGCCCACUCUGGUCCGCCUGGCCCACGGUGAAUGUGUGGAGGGUCUGUCAGAGGAUGAUGUGGUGCUCUUACACUCCUGCCGUCAGUGGACCACAGUGACAGCCCACAGCUUAGAGGAGGGUCACUACGUUAUUGGUCCCAAGAUUGACAUCCCCCUGCAGUACCAGGGCAAGUUCAAGUUGUUGGAUGAAGACCGGGACGUCAGGGAUCCAGUCCAGUAUUUCUCCAGUGUGGAGGAGGUUGCUGGUGCCUUUCCAGACCGAGUUUUUGUCAUGGAGACGAUCACUUUCAGUGUCAAAGUGGUUUCAGGGGAGUUUAGUGAAGACAGUGAGCCCUACAGUUUCACUCUGCAGGCUGGAGAUGAGCUGUCACUCAUGGGGAAAGCAGAGCUUCUCUGUGCCACGCCCUCAAAGGAAAAGACGGGACUGAGCGCGCUCCUGAGACGCCUGGGAAAGACUCCCAGAAGUAAAACGCCCUGCCUGGUCUGCAUGAACCAUCGCACCAAUCAAAGUGUCAGCUUGCCCUUUGGCUGCCGUGGACGCUUUUGCACACGCUCCCCGCUGGAGCAAGGCAUGCUGGGAGGGGAGCACACAGUGCGCAGCAUCAUCGAGAGAGUCCGCCUCCCCGUCAAUGUGUCUGUACCUUCAAGGCCACCACGAAACCCCUACGACCGUCACGCUGUAAGAGAGGGCCACCGAUACAAGCUGCUCAACAUAGUCAGCAAGACAGUGGUGCUCUGCAUGGUACUCCGCCGACAGGAAGUCUCCCCCUCCCACUUCUUGUUGCUGCGCUGCAUGCCCCGGUUUAAUGUGGCUGAGGCCUCCGUCCACAAAGCAGCAUUGGAGAGCCUUCUUCUGCGACAUGCAUUUGACCCAGAUGCCUACUCUCGUGCUGUUAGAGAAACUCGGCCAGAACUGGAGUGUAUGACAGAGGAGUGUGUGAGCCCACGGCACUCUCGCAUGUGUGUGUCGGGCCAGGACUCAUUGGCACCAGCACUGCAGCGUCUCUCAAUGUGUGGGUAUGUUGGUGGGGUUUCAGACAGCGUAUCACAGCGCUGCAGGGACUCCCUUGGAGAGCGGCUAGGGGAGGUGCCAGGUGAGGAGAGGGAGUAUGUGACACCUGAGUGGACUGAGGGUGAAAUGAGGACCAAUGAGGAAAUCCCUUAUGAGGAACUCUGGACCAAUCAGAAUGCAGAGGGCUUAGGAAAGGAGCCAAACCUCAUCUCUUUCCAUUCAUCUUCCUCACUGGACGGUUCUCUUGGUACCGUGGUGACAAGAGUGUCGACCCCCCCACCUGUACCUCCAAAAUCUGAUGCUGUGAGAGAGGAGUGUCGCUAUUUGAUCGCCCCUCCGGUUCCCCCUCGUUGCUCCAAAGGAGGCUCCAUCUCCAGUCCAGCUCCCAGCCCUCCCGUUCCGCCUCGCUUCCCCAAAACCUCCACUUCCCCGAGACCAAACAUUUCCUUUUACUCGUCUGGACUACAGGACAGUUGCUCGCCCUCUCCCGAUGCCUCCCUCUACUGUUACCCGUGCUCCUGGGGGGACUGUUCUGCCCCUAACCCCACUAGUCCUGAGCCCGUGUCUGCAAUCCCUGCAGACAACACAGCCAAUCCUCAGCCUGCACAAGCCACCUGGGCGGAGCCAUGGGUGGAUUCCUUCACUUCCUCUGGACUUCGACUCAGGCCGCCGCCCCCACAGAGUCGAUUUGCUCCCUUUGGCGCGUUGAACCCCUUCAACCGCCAGUCCCCUUGUCCCUCGCCCGAGCCUGCUCCCAGUUCCACAACAGAUUCUUCCAGAGGCGCAGAGGGUGGUGGGACAUCCACAGGUGUCACUGAGGGGUUGUCCCCUCCCCCUGACCCUACCUGGCGUCCUCCUGCUGACCUGUCUGCGCUGUCAUUGGAGGAAGUCUCGGCCUGCCUGCGGUUUAUUGGCUUAUCAGAGGCAGCAGUGGCCGUGUUCCAAAGGGAGCGAAUCGAUGGCAGCCUCCUGGUGCAGCUAACUGAAGACAUCUUGUCACAUGACUUUCACCUGAGCCGACUCCAUGUGACCAAGAUCACGCAAUUCAUACAGGGCUGGAGGCCCAAAAUCUAAGAUACACACCAUCCUGACAAUGUGCCUGAUGGCUCUGCUGAGCCUUCCUGAAUGUGCCUUCCACUGUGACCAACUGGCUGCUGAGCCCACUGAAUGAAACGGAAGGAAACUACGCCACACUGUGGUCAAACUGUAGAAUUGACACUUGACUGGCUCGAAUGCUUAAAGUCAGACUGACAACAUGUUUCCUAUCUGAAUCACAGUCUGGCACUAGUUUACUAACAAAUGGCUACAACAGAGAGCUACAUGAUGAAAGUGGCCUCUUUGGAACUUAAAGUCUGUGUGGAUGUGUGUGGCCUUCACACUGUGUUCCUAAUUUGAUAUUCGGGUAAAAAUUACGUCAUUUUACCUUAAUUUUUUUUUUUUUUUUUUUUGACAAACGAA